UGCACCGCAUUCACGAAGCAAAAACCGGAGAGGUUCGGCUAAGGAAUGAAAUUUGCGCUUGUAAUCGUGAGGUUGUUUAGCUGUUGGAGCCAAGCGGCCCCGGUUACCCCAGUUUUCACCCGCCUGGCAGCCUUUGGGGCAGGGGUGUUUCAGCAGGGCAGGCUUUACUGCAGGCUGGGACUUAAUGGUGAAGGAGACGAGCAUCUUGUGUCUGACAGCUUGCAGGCUAAGCGAAGGGUCUGGCAGAGUAGGACAGUAAGCAUAUAUUGAUUCUUUACAAUUAAAUAUUCCCACUAGAAUUAUUAUCUUGCCUACGCUGCCAACAGAGGCAUUACUGGUUUGUUUGGAGGCAGCUGAGCUAGCUGGAAGCUAACUAGCUCGGUUGCCAAAAAAUCAGUUUAUUGUCGCUGCAUGGUACUGUCCGGCCACCUGAUGGAUUGGUCGCCAUCCCAGCCUGCAGUAACCUCUGUACUGUGGCGGUUACAUGGCUGUUGACUCCCAGAAUGGUGAGUGUUUCUCAACCCUGAGAGGAGCACAGUGCAGGUAACUAAAUAUUAAUCUAUUUCCGUUGAAUAAAGGUAUGAUAAGCAUUUGUCAACAGAAGGAAUUUUGUAGCAUUUAAGACAAAUUUGAAGAAUAAAUUCCUACAGCUAGUCUCAAAGUCUGUUUGGGCAAAAUUUAUACCUCUAAGUUUUGUUUCAGUUGCUGAGUAGUCAUUGUUAUUCCAAGAUCAGCGAGACUAUGUAGGAAGACUGCUUUGAAAGGGAAUUUAGUUUAAAUUGAAGGAAAGCUCUUUUUCCUGGCACGUCUCUAAUACAUGAUUCGUCAUAAAACAAUCAUGAAAAUGAGGGGAAAUAAAUUAUUUAUAUUGCUUUAGAGAAUGUGAGUGCUACAUGGAUGAUCAAAACAAGUUUUGAGUGCUGAUACAUAUUUAGAUUCAAAUGUAUGGCGUCAGUAUAAAGAUGAUUGCAAAAACACAGCUGUUGUAUCUAGCCAUUGAAUUGUGCUGCUUUAUGAGUAUCAUGGGCCUGUAGAAAGGGUGCUGAGAUUUGGUUUAUAGAGAUCUCUUGCCCUACAUUAGCAGCUACUACUGAUAGGAAUUGCAAGUUUUAUUCCCUUGCCUCUUACCACCCCAAAGUCCUCUGCUGCUCUGUGGUUUUGGGUCUGAGCCCCUUCUGAACUUUUUAACUGUGACCUAAUCUCAGCAGGCCUAACUGCCCUUCUUUAUUUUAUUUCUUCACCUGCCUUACUUGUGCAGUGGUGGCAGUUGCUGAAUAAAUUCUGUCCAUUCAUCUUUCCUUUUUCCUUUUUUUGUGUCCUGUUUACACCAGAGAACAGGUUCCCUUGAUAAGCAAGGGCAUAUUGAAGCAGGAGCAGGUUUUGGCAAAGUUGCCCUUAAGAUAACGUAAUAAAUUUCGCUAUCAGACAUUGUCUCUCACUACAGAUUAUUCUGUUUCCCAUCUGAGGCUGGCUGACUGUGGGGAAAGCAGUGAGUGCUGUGUUGCAAAGAUUUCCACUUCAUGAUAAAGAGAGACUUGAGAAAUGGUUGCGGAAUAUGAAACGAGAUGCAUGGACUCCAAGCAAGCACCAGCUCCUAUGCAGUGAUCAUUUUACCCCCGACUCCCUUGAUGUGCGAUGGGGUAUACGAUACUUGAAACAUACUGCUGUACCAACAAUUUUCUCUUCCCCAAAUGAUGAGGAAAAAGAUUCUUCUCAGAACAGCUCACAAGAGAUUGAGAGAGAAGACGCAGAAGAAACAAAUACAAAUGUAGUGUCAGAGAAAGCACAUGUAUCACUUGAACCUUGUACGCCAAAGAAAAAUCCUGUAGUUGCAGAAAAUGUAGGUGAAAAAGCAGAAGUAGUUUGCUCAACUGCAUUGAGUAAACCUUUACAAAUUCAAAAACUGCAACUUCAAAAUGGAGAAGACUUUCAGGCAGACAGUGUUGUUCUUGAUAAUUCAUCUAAGCAGCAUAUACAUCAACCUAAUCCUGUUUUAAUGGCAGCAGCAGUCCAAAGCAUGGAAUCUACCAGUGCUCAUACUUCUGCAGAGGAUCCAGUAGGUUGUACCGCUACAAUCUUGCAAUUUACUGACCCUGACUACUUGAAUUCAUCUCUGAAACUGAAAAAUGCUUUAGGUUCAAUUACUGACUAUGCAAUUGAAAAUCCUAACUCUCAUGUUGUAGGCUGCUCUGUUGAAGUACAGCCAACAAGUGAAAAUGCAGUUUUACUGAGUACAGUCACACAAACGAUUGAACAGUUCAGUGGAAGUGAAGAAUCUGUCAUUGCUAUUAUUGUGCCAGCCGAGAGUUCAGAAGCGCCUGAAAUAGUAAAUAGUUCUUUCCUGCCUAUUAAGCAAGAGUUUCUUGACACAGAGGAGACAGAAACAGAUCAAUCUGUGUAUAUGAAUGCAUAUGGUGGAAGUGAAGUAUUGCAAACUGAGCAUUCAUACUGCAAACAAGACAUAGACAGAGAUCACCUUUGGCAAAAAAUUUCAAAGCUCCACUCCAAAAUAACUCUACUUGAAAUGCAGGAGAUAAAAACUUUGGGGAGACUCAGGUCCUUGGAAGCUCUCAUUGGACAAUUGAAGCAAGAAAACCUGCUUUCUGAAGAGAAGCUGAAGAUUGUAGAAAACUGCUUUACAACACUUGAAGUGACUAUGAUACAGUAAAGGCUUUUGAUUAUUGUUCUAAAGUAUCUUUUUAGCCUCUGACUGUCCUUUUGGACGAAUUAACUUUUGUUUCAGUCAUGGUAUUUUAAAUAUCUAAUGCAAAUUGUGUGAAUAGCAAAUAUUCUUUAAAAUGUUACGUCAACCACUACCAAAGCUAGGUGGUAGAGUAUUGCCUAUAAAACGUGACUUGCAAGUAAGCUUUAAAAAAAAAAUUAAACCUGUUAAAGUUUUGUUAAAAAGUAUAUGAAUUGAAUCAAUAAAGAUAAGUUAAACCUUUCUAGCUGCAGGCUCCUCUGAAACGUGCAACUCCUGCAUUUGGGGCAACAGUAGAACGGACAGAAUAAGCAUGUAGGAUGGACAAUUAUAAAACUGUUGUUUAAAAAAAACAAAGUGGUGUCCCAAUUCUCUUUCAAAUGAGUAAGGUGGUAUGUAAUACACAUUGUCCAGUGAGGCCACAAUUACUCUUUAGUCUUCUGUUCAUCUAACAUUUGUUCUGAUUGAUAGUUUUUUGUACACUUUGAUCUGAUUAAAAUUGUUUCUGCAGUAAAA